AUGUUUAAUCCAGAGGUGGCAGAUGCUAUGGCAACUCAUGCAGGUUUGGUUUUGGCUAGAGAUAUGGGAUAUCAGCAUGUUAUACUGGAAUCGAAUUGGCUACAUGUUCAAGCUUUUAAUCACAGGGCAAAUGUACAUGCGGAUGCUGGUUUUAUCAUUGAAGAUCGUGCUCUGUUACUUUGGCAGUAUAACGCCAUAUCUGCUACAAGUUUCAGUUACAAGAUGGCAGGAUUUGGUGGCCUUGCACCCAAGACCAAGAAUCUGGUAGUUGCUGGAGGCUUGUCAGCAUUUGUUUUCGGGGUGUAUUUCUACACCAUGAGAGCUGUUGGCGGGACAGACGAACUUCAGACGGCAAUUGAUAAGUUUGAACAGCAGAAAAGCAAGCAAGAGUCUGAGGCAACCAUCCCAUCAAAGGCUUGA